AUGUCGCUUCUCAGCAUUAACGACAUUUUCAUUCCCACCUCCGACUUAAACCCUUCACGUAACAAUCAGAAAAUUAAUAUUACAACCAGGCUAAACAUACUUUGUUGUUGA